GCCCCUCUUCCGGACUAGUAUUACACAAACCGGUGGUUACCGAAAGCACGCAGACGCAGCCCUGCGGACACUACAGGAUCGGAGACGAUGGGGGUUACAGUCAGAGUGGAAUAUUGUGGUGCAUGACGAUACGAGCCCCGCUAUCGUGAACUCGCCCGUGUUGUCAAGGGUGAGUUUACCGAUGCGGAUGUCACAGGCUUCGUGGGAAGAUCCAGCAGCUUUGAGGUUGAAAUCAAUGGGCAGCUGGUCUUCUCCAAGCUUGAGACUGGUGGUUUCCCAUAUGAGGAUGACGUCAUGAGCGCAAUUCAGGAUGCCUACGAUGGCAAACCUUUGCAGAAGAUCACCAAAAGCCGUGCUCCGUGCGUCAUCAUGUAAACCUCGCUACCAUGACAAGCCCCUGCAGCUGUGCCACUCCAGGUUUACACACCCAAAAGAAAAGCACUAGCUAAACACCAAACUCUGCCUCCUGGCUCCUCCCUUUGUUCCCAUAGUGGUCCUCCAGGGUGUUAAUGAUUACCGUAGCUUCAAUUAUUAAAGGUUAUGGUAUGAUGAAUCCAUCCCUGGAGUUCCCUCCUCAUAGGAAUGAAGUCAAGGAGAAGAUGUUGCAGAUGAUUUGGAGGGGGCUUACCUUUUUUUCCUAUAGCCUGAUUGCCUGGCAAUUUCUACCAGACUAAUUAUCGGUUUCUACAACUUUUUUAUUUUUUUUUAUUAAUUGCUUGCACAUGCGGUUUAAAAACUUUUAGUGAAUGCAAGAACAGUACAAAGCAGUUGCACUUCUUUUUUUUUUUUUUUCUUUUUUUUUUAAAGCACAAAAUGGAGAUAUUUGUUAUCUUUGCAACACACUAUGCUUAAUGAUCUGCCACUAAAGCAUUUUCAAAACAUUCCAUGGCGAUAUCAUAACUCACUCUGGUGGCUUUGAUUAGUAAUGCAGUCAUGUUUGUGCUUUAGUGGCUGCAAAGGGAAUAUUAACACUUUAUAAUGCAUAUCAAAUUUGAAAGGUGUACAACGUUAAAAUGAUUGGAUGUAAUGCAGCAACUGAGCUCUGCCAAGUUUCUGGUUUUAAUUAGUUUUCGAAGGUUUUUUUUUUUUUUUGUUUUUUUUGGUGAUGUUUUGCUUUACUCUCAUUUAAACUGGUAAAGUACAGCAGCAUACAGUAUGUGUUUCUGAAGACCAUCGCCAGCUGGUCUGUUAGGCUCACGCACUAGAUGUCUGCCCACAUCCCAUAAAUCCUCUCACAUUGUUUUCUCUGUUAAAGCUGUAGUGUAUGAAUAAAGGCAAUGGUUCUUUAAGCAC